AUGGCUUUGAGGCAGAGAACCCCGAAGGUGAGCAGGAACCCUGAUCUGGUUCGUGGUAUCGGCAAGUGCUCUAGGUCGAAGAUGUACCACAAGAGGGGCCUCUGGGCAAUCAAGGCCAAAAACGGUGGCGUUUUUCCUCGCCACGGUGCCAAACCCAAGGCAGUCCUUCCAGCUGAGAAGCCUCCCAAGUUCUAUCCUGCGGAUGAUGUCAAAAAGCCCCUCUUCAACAAGUGGAAACCCAAUACCACUAAGCUCAGGGCUAGUAUUACUCUGCGUAUCGUGCUAAUCAUACUUGCUGGGAGGUCCAUGGGAAAGAGAGUUAUUUUCCUGAAGCAGCUUCCAACUGGAUUGCUUUUGGUCCACUAAGCUUAGAGUGAUCGUUUUGGUUGGCUUCGAGUUCGAGAAU